AUGGACACUGGCGCUGUUUUCGAGAAUUUUGUCACUGCGUCGACUUUUCGCUCCAUACAAAAUGCCUUUUAUCAACUGUGCAUAGUGGCUGAUAUUGAUCCGUCUGAUUCUGUAAAUGUAUACAAAAAGCUUCGUUUAUUGGAUGACUGGAAAGCGCAAAAGCUGUUCAAGCUUCUUGAUAAGAAAUGGGAACUUGCUGAGUACAAGAAGCAGAAAGCCGGUGAACGAUUGAACGUUUUCGUAAUCGGAGCUGGACCAUGUGGUUUACGAGCCGCUAUUGAAUGUGCGCUGUUGGGAUCUCGGGUUGUUCUCGUAGAACAGCGCGAUCGAUUUAGUCGUAAUAAUGUACUACAUCUCUGGGAGUUUGUCAUUCAAGAUUUGAAAUCAUUAGGCGCCAAGAUUUUCUAUCCAAAAUUUUGUACGGGCAGCAUCGAACAUAUCAGUAUCCGACAACUACAAUGCAUUCUCCUUAAAGUCGCACUCUGCUUUGGCGUUCAAAUCCAUGAUUCAGUUUCAUUUGUUCAGUUACUCUUCCCAAAAAUGCAGGAUAAUCACGUUACUGGAUUUCGUGCUUGCUUGGAGCCGAAAGGUCAUAUUCUCUCUGAUUACGACAUUGAUGUUCUUAUAGCAGCCGACGGGAAACGGAAUACCGUACCAGGAUUUCCUCGUGAAGAAAUGCGGGGCAAGUUAGCAAUAGGAAUAACAGCUAAUUUUAUCAACAACAAGACACCGGCAGAGGAAAGAGUGCCUGAAAUCAGCGGAGUCGCAUACAUCUUUAAUCAGUCGUUUUUCAAGGAGAUGUAUGCCAAAACCGGUGUCGAUUUGGAAAAUAUUGUCUAUUAUAAGGAUGAUACGCACUAUUUUGUGAUGUGUGCGAAGAAACAAAGUCUUCUGGAUAUGGGAGUCAUCCUUCAGGAUAACGAGGACGUUUCACAACUUCUAUCCAGUCAAAAUGUUGAUCAGGAGGCAUUGUGUCGAUAUGCACAGGCGGCUGCUGACUUUGCUACCAAUGGGAAGCUGCCUGCUUUGAAUUUUGCGAAGAACCAUCGAGGAGAGGAAGAUAUCGCAAUGUUCGACUUUACAAGCCUGUACUCGUCGAAAUGCUCCGUUCGAUUGGUAGAAAGAAUGAACAGAUACCUCUUGAUGGGUAUCGUCGGAGAUUCUUUACAUGAGCCGUUUUGGCCGACGGGAUCAGGUUGCGCUCGUGGCUUUUUGGGAGUUUUGGACACCGCAUGGUUGGUCAGAGAGUACGGAUUGAAUCAGAGGGGUCCGCUGGAAAUGAUCGCCGAACGGGAAAGCAUUUACCGUUUACUGGCUCAGGUUACUAAAGACAACAUGAACAAGGCGAUAAGUAAGUAUACUAUUGACCCACGAACGCGCUAUGUAUCAUUGGAGACAACGUUGCAGCCAGAAGACGUGGUUCAGAUUGUGAGCUCUGACAAUCCAAGAAUGGCUCCGAUUGGACAAGCACUGGUGCUGAAUAAUGCUUCUUCUGUUCAUACAAAUCCUGCUUUACGGAAGUAUUCUUUAUGGAAAUUCUGUCAUCAUGCGCUUGCCCCAUAUAAGAUAAAGCUGUUUGAUCUUGAUGGGUGUUGGAGUGAUGGAAGAGCUCUUGCUGGACUAGUGGCUAAGUUUCGACCUGGUGCAUUGGAUUAUUUCAAAGUUAUCAGCAUGCAGGAUGCAGAAGAAAGGUUGCAGGCUGCAUUCAAUGCUGUGAGAGAAGAAAUGGGAAUCUUGCAGCCUUGUGCUGUACAUGGAUGGGCUAAUCUCAGGGAGAACGCAAAAUACGACUAUAUUGAAAAGAUCGUUCACUACAUAAGAACAGACAACAAUCAUCUAAAGAAUGCUAUGGUUACGCUGAGGUCUCAUGCAGUCCAGAAACGAAAAAAUCAGAAACCGGUGACAUCAUCCAAUCCAAAAAAAUCUGGACCAAUUCAGAGAUUGGCGGACAAUUUAAUUAGAUGUUCAUCGUUUGCUGCACCGAAUACAAUGACUGUUGAGAAUACUGUGCUGUCUUCAUCAGCUUGUAUACGACCAGACAACGACCUUGAGAACGAGUUUGAAUUAGACGGAAUCCCUAAGAGGAAUUCAACCGUUAUUCGCCGCUAUUCCUACAAAACAUUGACCGAGCAGAAGGAUGAGGAUGCAAAGCACUUCACGAAACGGCCUCAUGUCGAUCGUCUUAAUCCCGAGCUCGUACAGAAGGUGGAAAGGAUCGUCUCAGGAGAUGUAACUCAGGAACGAAUUACCGAGUUCUACUUGGAGAAGAAUCGCAAGGCUGAACGCUUGACGCAAAAACUUCCUAAGAACGAUAUCGAAGAAAUGGAAAAGAAGCUGGAACAUUCUGGAAUGGGUGUUUUGUACACCAAGAAGGAGCACAUAAGCAGUCAGGACGAAAAAAUUAUUCGUACGAAUGCGGCGCAUGCUCGAAAAGAAGCGGAAAGCGGUUUUUCGAAUGAAGAGAAGAAGAGCAGGUUCAAAGAAUAUGACAAUAAAAUAGCAAAAUCCGACGAAGUAAUGAAGCGGCGUGAUCUAGCUGGUGUUGACCCCUUUGAAAAGUGGCGGCUUCCUAAUCCAUAUCCAACUGCUAUGGCGGAGAACGAUACACCGAAAUCGUCGGUUCCUCCUGCUCCUCCACAGAAAACUAAAGUGAUUUCGCAACAAAACGACGGAGUCAUUAUGAGGCCGGUUGCUCCGGUUCAACCGAAACGUCACAUGUCCGCUCCCGUUAUGCCGUCUGCGUAUGACAGCGUCAAUGCAAGACGCCAAGAAAACUGUCGCCUUUGUGAAAAGGUAGUAUACUUGGCGGAACGGAUGCAGGUAGAAUCCAUGUUCGUCCACAAGAAUUGUUUCCGGUGCGCAUACUGUAAUCAACCAUUGCGGCUUGGAGAGUAUGGAAAAGAUAAGGACCUUGAGUAUCAUUAUCCAAGGAGGUUCUUCUGUAAAACUCAUCUUCGCACACCUCUAAAAGAGAAGAUUGCACGCAUCCAACGCGCUAUCCGAAUGUUGGAGAAAAACGCAAAUCGUGAUCAAGAAAUGUCGACAGCAAAUGACGUGUCACCAACUGCCGAAGCACCAUCAAUUGCGCCUAAAUCUGACGAUCCAGUUACCCAAUGCUCCACGACCUUAAGUUUCUUCUCGCCUGAACAAUUGCGAGAGAGAACAGUCCAACGAAUUCGAGAAUGCGGUGUUAGUGGACCCAUCUCACCCAUUUCGGAAAUAGCGAGCAUUGAUGAGCGUACUCCUGAAAGAGCUGAGUUCAGUAAUCAGCUGAGGAAGUCGAGCUUGGUGCUGGUGGCAGAUACGAAGAGCCCAGAAUUGGAGUUCAAUACAUCGAACUCUAGUUUCGGAUCCGAUUAUGAAUCAGAAUGUGAUGCAUGCUCAAGCUGCUCGUUGCGAUCGUGUGAAGAUGCCGAUAGGAGCAGUCCUGCUCGUUCGUGUAGAAGCGAUGACGAAUCAAGCGCUACGGAAGGAGAAGAUGAUGCUUUAGAAGAAGGUGACCUGGAAGAGUUAGAGAAGACUGUGCUGCAAUUUUCCGAUGAGAAUCCAGAACGUCCUCUCACUGAUGCGCAGGUGGUAUCUGUUAUCAACAAAAUCAACGAGCGGCGGAAUGCACAGCUAACAACGCCGAGAAAUUCCUCUGAAUCUCCAGUUCAGAAUGGAGUUCCCGAAGAGAAGUUUUACACCCCGAGAGAAUUAUUCUUCCGAGAUAUGGGUGGAUCUACCAACGGUAGCAGCACUUCUGCACAAAAUAUAAACGGCAAUAAAUUAGCGGAAGAUGAUUUUUCUACACCACGGGCUGCACCAGACGCAUGGGAUAUAAGGAAGAAGAAAGCAGAAGAUUUGGAACGAUUGCGCACCGAAUCACGGCUAAAGGCGAAGUUGAAGACAGACGAAGAACUGGGAUUAGAUAAUCCCUCUGGAGAAAGGAGAUCCGCACCCGCAGUUGAACAUCAGCAUUCAAACGCUGUAUUAAACCGUUCAAAUACAGUCUCUCCACCUCGAGGUCGUGGAUCCUUGGAAAUAGAUGCAAUGGCUGCAGCAAAAAUUGUUCGCUCAUUCACAGUUUCCGCUGGAGAUGUUGAUCGAAAUAUAGUGAAAGCGGUUGAUGAAAAUGAAGAAAUGAGAGCAGAAGAUAACAAAGCACCGAUUCAACCGGCUCUGUCAAUACCAAAAACUCCUACCACGGGGUUGCUGUCGCGUUUAUUUAGUCCUAAUGCGCUUAGGAGACCACAACGGUCGAAGAGUCCACAUGUUAAUCCUGAGCGCAUUCAUUCGGAAAGUCGUAAAGAAACAAACAUGCUUGGUAGUACUUUCCGGCGUUUCAAGUUGAAACGAGAGGAGCAUUCAGCUAAAGACACUGCAUCCUCAUCCGCCCACAGUUCACCAUGUACGUCACCGAAUCCUGUUUUGAGUCUAUCAGGAAGUGAACCUGACAAUCGUGAUGUGCCAUGUGCUGCUGUUGCUCCAUCUCCUCGAUUAGAAGCUGCUGCAAGUAAUUCGCCAACGCAUAUAUCUGUGAAUGAGAGAAAUAUUCGACUAUUCCAAAAGCGUGCUGAGAAAAUACGAAGACAACACGAUGAUGAACGUCGUCGCAGUGCGCAGGAGAUUCAACGUGGUUUGCAGGAGUGCGAGAUUCGCCUUGAAGAAAUCAAAUCUGUGGGGCAGUCGUUGGAGAUGAAACUUUUGGAAGACCCUGAAAAUGGAUGGGCGAUGGAAUCAUGGUUCGCUUUGGUCCAUGAAAGGGAAGUGCUCAAAUGCAAAGAAGAAAUGUUGCGAUUAAGCAAAAAAGAAAUGGAGCUCGAGGUCAAAUACCGAGAUUUGAACCUUCGCUUCAAACAACUUGGAGAGGGCAUGAACGACAAUCUAGCUGCAAAUAGUGAUCUCCUCGCUGCCAUGCUCGCCGUAGUUGAAGAGAAAAAGGAGGUGAACAAACUCAGCGAGAAUGCCAAGCAGUGCUACAAGAAAGCUUGUAAAUUUGUUGUACGAUCCUCAUAUAGAAAUGUUCAAACCAGCUCCCAGCCCACGAGAGAAAUUUUGCUAUUGUCUACUGUCGUUGCUUUGAGCUAUAAAUAUUUGCUGGUUAGGAUUAUAGUCUUCAUAAGUUCAGGAAUGAUCGCAAAGAGAUCGAAGAAGCAUUUCAAAGCUAAAUUUAACAGAAACAAAAGAAGAGGAAGUCAUAAUUUGCGAGAAUCUGUCGAGUCUGUCGGAUGUGGUCAUGCCGAUGGAAGUGCUAGGAUAAGCAAGGGCAAAAACACGCACCGAGGUGUAUCUCACACAUUUUUCGACGAAAGCGACGUCGACAACUCUGUUGAAAGUUUGGCCGAAACAAGUGGGAAUGGAGUUUCCAAAGAAAUAGCCGAAGUUGUCAAAGGGCGGGCAAAGCAGCGACGGAAACGGAAACGUCGCCAGAGUUCCACUGGAUCGGUUGGAAAGCGGCACAGAGUUAGUUCCACAACAGAUGUCCAUACAGAUACAAAUGCGUCGGACACGCCAGAUAUAUUGGACAAGCUUGAAAAACCCACACAAGGAAGUUGCGGGAAAAUCACCGGGGAACUACCGGCUGAUGUGAAGCGCAUUUUGAUAGAUCGCCUGUCUUCAACACCUGCUUUCCUUAAAUUGUCGCUUCUAAAUCAUGAAUGGCGAGAACUGUGUGUUGAGCAAGCUAGUCGAUGGUCGAGAAUUGGUCUCACCGUUGACGUGGCUCGAUUCUUUCGCGAUAACAAUCCUUUCUUACGAACUUUCGUGGAAGAUGACUGUGGCGGUCAGACUAAGGCUUUCCAUAAUGAUGUUCGAAAGGUGGUGCGAAUGUUAGUACGUCUGGCUGAGUUUGGCUCUGGUGAAAAAGGAAACCGUAGACUUGUGUUGGAAAACUUCACCCCGAAGAGCAUCGGUUGGUUCCAUUCUUAUUCUGAAGAACAACUUUCCAUAUGUCCAGUUAUCCUGAGGGAAAAAAUCCGGGAUUUGUUCUUGAUUCAUUUCAACAAAACAUCGAAAUAUGUGUAUUCGGAACCAUUUUUUGACUCUGCAAUGUUCAUUAAUAUGGUAUAUCACUGUCAGGACAAUGUUACAUCUCUAAACCUAGGUGAUUUAGAGGGUGCGGAGAGAAUAUUACGUUGCACUUUUCACAAUCUUGAAGAACUCAUAUGGCAUAGCGCAGAGUUGGACGAUUUGGCGGAUCUCAAUUUCCCCAAGUUGUCUGUGCUAUCAUUAACUGCUAAGGCUUCAUCAAUGUAUGGUUUCAAUAUUUUAAGAAGAUGUCCCAGCCUUAGCUGUCUCUAUACAGGCUUGAGAGUUCCGGACAAUCCGACGAGAUUCGAUUUGGAUGUGUUAUUGCGAUGUUAUCAAUCGUUUUGGAAUACAUCCGCAUCCGAAGAAGAGGAAAACGAUGAUGACAGCGAUGCGGAUAAAUCCACGUAUAUUAUCACCACACUUCCGAAACUUAAUUAUAUAGGUUUUUGGAAUGCACCGGAAAAGUUGCUGGCCAUUAUGGGUCGAUAUGGUGUUCGCUUCGAGACUUUACAGUUCGGUCAAUUAAACCAAGCAUUAACGCGGCUUUGUUCAUUGGACUCAGUCAUGCAGGCUUUAUUCAAGUUCAACCAGCCAAAGUAUGAAUGUUAUAAAGUUGACGUCUCUCACUUGAGGAUGUAUUUGCAUGCAAUGCCUGUUGUUUCGCUCGAUUAUUAUCUACCUCAGUUGAUGAUGGGUGUAAAUGAUGCUUUCUGCUCUAUUCGAAGUCUCGAUCUAUUCGUUCAUUGCACUUUCUCAGCGACAAUGCCGUCUUCUUGGGUACUUGAUGGCCGCUUUAAAAACUCUCGGUCGAAGCUGAAACGGCUUACUCAUUUCUCGCUCCACAUUGAUGGAUUUUGUGUGUUCGAUGAUCUCGACUGUCACCUCCCACCUUGUAUUACCUGUGUGUCAAUUUCGGUAUCUUUACCCGCAAUCGGAGCUUCGAAGUCAGUUGCUUCUCUGUUGAGUUUCGUGAAGCGACUAGCUGAUGUUAAUGGUUACCCGGAUCUGGAGGAGCUCCACUUACAGGUAUGGGGUGUUCGCUGCGCGGAAAGCCUCCUAAAUCAGGUGGCCGACCAUUUAUCCGAUAUUCGUCGACUUAGCAUCAUUGCUAUGCCAGUCGAGGAACAAAGAGAUCGUCUUAUCGACCUUAUUAAACACGUCGUUGAGAACUGCCCUCGGCUUGUGUCGCUUAACCUGAGCGCAGAAAUGACACGGUUGCUUCUGGGCGAACAUGGAGAUCUCUGGCGCACUAACUGGAGACAGGCUAUAGCUCUUCUAAGAGCCGAUUGUGGAUUUCCUGGCAUGUGUGAGCUGGGUGUAAGCUGUUUGCCGCGAACGUACGGGUACGAUGACUACGUCGUUACUCCUCACUAUCCAGAAGUGACGGAGGCUAACAUUGGUUCAGAAGCGUUUUCGGAAGACGAGAAUGAAGAAGGCGAAUCAUCGGAAGCUGAUGAUAGUGACAGUUGCUCAAAUGACUCUUUCGUAGUGGACGGUAGCGAUGAGGAGUCCGAAGGAGAGUCGGAUGACGAAAUAGACCAUUACGAUCGUUUGCUCGAGGAGGAAACCGAUCGUCGUCAUGAGAGAUAUUUGAGAAAGCAAGCACGACGACCAUCAACCUCGCCUGAGGAUCCUGUACAGGAGCAGGACGAUGGUGAUGAAGAUGAUAGCGAUGUAGAAUACAUUACUGACUAUGAAGACGAAGAAGACGAGAGCCAGAACAACUACAUGCAUCCUAUGAUCGAUGCGGAAGCUGAAGAAGUGGAAAGCGGAAUGGAAUCAAGUGAACAGAGUGAUACUGAACCCGAGGGCGAAGACAUUGUUUACAGUAGUGAUCAAGAAAUGCUCGAGGCGGAGGCUCAGAUGGUUAACGCUAGACCUCGCCGGAAUCAGAUCCAAGCGUCAAGGAAUAAACGGAUAAUAGAAUCUGACAGCGACUAG